GUACGACCGAAGUGAUCGACCGCUUGUUUUAUCGAUACAAUUUGUGCCCGUGUGGAACUUUCCUUUUCAUGCUCUACGAACAAGUUUAUCGAAUAGUGCCUAUAAUUUUAUAAGUUCGCAUCGUUUCAACGUCGUGCCAACGCGCAAAACGCGAUGUUUCGAGUGCCUGAAAGCUACACGCGCACACACCGUUGAAAUAACGGAUUCUUUUUCUCAGUGAAACGCCUUCGAUAUUCGAGUGACGCGCUGAGAUAUCGAUAGAAGGCAAUGGGUACAACGCCGAGUCGCUAUGAAGAUCUCUCCAAGAAUGUACAUUUGGAAAAAUUCUGUGGGAAGCAGAGUAUACUCACCGAUGAUUCAUUUUGGAAUACAUUUCUAUCCUAUAAUAUGCGCCCUCCUAUCACAAGAAAUGAUCAGAUAGAACUUGACUCUCGUUUGGAUUUGUCAUGCCAGCGGUUGCUUGUCAAUAAUUUGACUACUGGCAACUUUGGCACCCUCAUACAAGUUGCUCUUAUGCGCAUCAACGAACUCCUUGCUCCUGUUCAAAAUCAAAAUAUAAUAUCGGCCUGGCAAACGUACAACGCGCUCUUUGCUGUCAGGUGUAUCUUGAAAUAUCUCAUUGAGACGGUCGGUGAGGAACAAAUGCUCAAGCAUAUCGAAGCACCGCUGACAACUGCGACGCACGAAGCGAUGUCCUCUUACAGACUGGAAGAAUUCUUCGAGGCUUUGAUAGAACUUAUUACGGAUGUACCUUUGUGUGAAUUUACAUACGUCGUUCACUUGGAAGCGAUUAAUUGUUUACUUGUGUUGCUCUCGGUGCAGCUGUUUUCCCAAACUGCAGCCGAAUACAGCGCCGUGUAUAGGAUAGCGAUGCAUGCGCAUUCCAGCAGCUGCAGCCAACAUGCGCCAGCUGUGGUGUGCACACUGUUGCACAAUUUUAUUCAACAGGAACACGCUCCUCCGGGACUGCUGACGCAACAACCCGGUGGUGGGAUUGUAUUCAGUAUUGCUGCUGGUCUCUGGAACGUCAUAAGAAUGGGUAUGGGCAGUGGUUUGAAGAACGUACAGAUUGCCCAUAAUGGCGCUACCGAGGACGAAGAGAAGAAGCGUGACACGGAGACUCCGCUCGCUAGUCAAUCCUUGUUGUUGCUGUUGGUUUUGACCAAUCAUUGCACCGCUAUACAAAACCCCUACAGAAGCGCACUUUUCUCUUUUAUAGAUAUGCAAGAAGAUUACAAUACGUCGCUGACAAAAGGAGCCGAUGCCUUCAAGUUUAAUCUUGAUAAAUUGUACAGUACUAUUUGUAAGAUACCAAACACAGACCAAGUCACGCUCCUGCUCUACAUGUUGUUGCACAGAAAUUCGAGCGUCAAGCAGGACAUAAUGAGAAGGCCUGACAUACAAUUACUGGUAACACCGAUAUUGCAGAUCCUGUAUCAUGCGCCAAACAAUACGUCGCAUCAUAUUUACAUGUCUCUCAUCAUCCUCCUCAUUUUGAGCGAAGAUGAAACGUUUAACAAGCGGAUACAUGAGAUUAUGCUCAAGGGUGUCGCGUGGUACACCGAAAGAUCCAUUAGCGAGAUAUCAUUGGGUGGUCUUUUGAUCCUCGUCGUUAUUCGCACGAUACAAUACAACAUGUUUAAAAUGAGAGACAAAUAUCUUCACACAAACUGUCUAGCAGCUCUGGCGAACAUGUCGGCUCAGUUCACGUCGCUACACCCUUAUGUCAGUCAGAGACUGCUGAGUCUGUUUGAAACACUUGCUAAGAAGCACGCGCGACUAGAGGCGAAGAUUCGAACGCAACCGACAACUUUGGCCGACAGUACCGUUGUAACUGUCAAUGGAGCUGUUGCCAGUACAGAUUUGAUUCAAGACUUGACCAUACUGGAAGAGGUUCUGCGGAUGGUGCUAGAAAUUAUAAAUAGCUGUUUAACCCAUAGACUCGCGCACAAUCCCAACUUGAUUUAUACCCUCCUCUACAAGAGAGAUGUUUUCCAACCGUUUAGAACACAUUCCGCUUUUCAAGAUAUCGUGCAAAAUAUCGAUUCUGUAAUAAACUUCUUCUCUUAUAAAUUGGAGCAAAAGGACCAGUCGCAAAUCGGCGUUAGUCAAGUACUAGCCACUAUACAACAAGGGACCUUGGAAUGGCCACGAGAUCGUUUGAGAAAAUUUCCGGAACUCAAGUUCAAGUAUGUAGAGGAGGAGCAACCGGAGGAGUUCUUCAUACCUUACGUGUGGAGCGUCGUUUGUCAAGGAGCGCUGUUGCACUGGAGCGCGGAGAACAUAAAAUUAUUUUCCCCCAACAAUGGCGAAACGACCAUUAUUGUUUGCUGAUAUUGAGACGAAGGAUGCACUGUGCUAUAAGUAUUAUAUUCAAAGUGAUAACUUAAGAUUGAUAAUAAGCGCGAUACCGUAAAUUUGUUUGUAACAUUCGUCGGAAGCUAAAGUGUAAUCUUCUUUCUUUUCCUUCCGAUGCGAAAGAACAGGGGAGUUUUCGGGAACUUUGUGACGAACGACGUGACGUGAAAACGUCUUAGCGCAGCAUACGCAAGGAGAAUAGAAAUAUUCAUCGAUAACCAAUGUGAUAUCUCAAGUAUCGUACAAAGAGAUCGAUGUGAUCGAAGAAUUAUUGCCUGAAACGAGACAUUUCUGACCAUAUUAGCGCUUCUUUCUAUUGUAUUCCUUCAAUACUUAUCACGAAAAUGGCAAGAAGAGGAGCGUACGAACAUAUUUAAGUUUGUUAAACGAUCGUCUUUUCGUUUUUCCGUUCGUAUUGUAUACUUUGUUCGACAAGGUGAGGAGAAAAAGGAAAGGAAAAUGGUAGUAUAAACUGGAUAUACUGAUAGAUAUUAUGAUGCCAGUGAAAUGCAGUGUUCUUGCACGAGGACUGAUUCGAGUUAUUGUUAUCGGAACAUUUGCCAUCAUAGACGCCGCUGUUACCGAACCGUGGAACUGUGGAUAGAAGCUAAUGUUACGAUAUUGAUUCUCUGUUAGUGUACACAUUUUACAGCGGUUACAAUGUUAUAAUAGUGUAAGUAAGUACUACGCAAUUUACGAAUAUCUGCGUAACUUUACGGAGCGUGAUCUUUGAUUGAAUGAAAUAAUUUUCUGCUGGAAUAUGUGCGCGAAUGGAAUGUGAGGAGAAACGCGAUUCAAAUUAUCAGAAUAUCAGUCUGAAUUGUCAAGUCAAUUUCUGGUUAAUUCACAUGGAAUUCUGCUACUUUUAAUCGGAAAUACCGUAUCGUUCGUAUGUAUUUCAUUGGAAAAUUCCUUCAUUCGAUCAAAUAUUUUUCUCCGGAUUUGACACUAAAAGUUGCGACAUCAUCUUCGUACAUGUUAGAAGAUCUCCCCCUGGAUGAAUGUAACCAUGAAACUAGACUAGAUGUACAGUUUCGAGACGAUUGCGUUAUAUAGAGAAAUGUGUAAGAGAUUAUCCAGUUCAAUUUCUUUCUCUCAUAAUAGCCUAAUCGAAGUAGCAUCGAAAUGCAAUCCCAUGUCCCAUGUGUCGCGUUUACCCGCGCACCUGUUUGUAAAUAACUGUCGAGAUAAAAAUUAUCCAAGAGCCAAAUUUUCGUUUGUCUCAUUUCAGAUUUUGCAGCAUGAUACCUGCAGCGUAGCCCUGCAAUUUCUCGCGCGCUGUAUAUACGCUGUAUGUGCAAAUAUAUACAAUUUUUAUUUAACACACACACACACACACACACACACAAUAAAAAACACUCUUCUAUGAGAUAUGAUUGUCAAUGACCCACUGUCACUCGUUCGAAUCCGAGACAUGUAUGACUCAGGGAAGGGAGGGGAAAUAUGGGAAAGAAUAAAAAUAAAUUCAUCAACCACUUUUAACCGACGAGCCAAUUACAAAUGACACAUUGCGCGCAACGCGCAACAAUCAUCUGUGAGAUGUGAUUAUAUGCGUAUGAUCCAAUCGUUCGAAAGCGGUCGAAAACCCAUCGACAAUUCGCCGAGCGCGAUGAUGACCUGUCGGCUACAGAAUGGUCAUUUUGCAUAUAUCUCGAAUGUACAUCUUUAUUAAACAAAUACAGUUGACGUCUUAGUGUUAUUUA